UAUAUGGUUGGGUGAGGAGGAACAAGCCGAUGAGAUUCAAGCAUCUAGCCUUUAUCCUACUGAUGCUGGUGGGAAUAUGGGUGGUCACUUGUGAAGGUGGAGAAAUUAAGAACCCUGAAGAAUGGGAUGUGAGGCUCACUGGUAGCAACUCCAGAUGUUUUGGAUGGCUGGAAAUUUUUCACGAAGACAAAUGGAAGAAAAUAAAUGGCAGUAGUUGGAAGCAGCAGAAUGCAGAAGUUGCAUGUAAAAACCUUAACUGUGGUCCCCUUUUGAGCACACUGAAUCAGACUUCUGCAACACUACUGAAGCAAGAAGUUUGCUUGAUAAUAAGCUGCCAGGGAAAUGAGAUGGCCCUGAAAGACUGCAAACCACAUAAAUAUAACUGCACGCAACAUCUGAACUUAGCCAUACUUUGCCAAGAUCCCAUUAAAACAUCCUCUGAAUCGCCCCCAACACCAGCACUGUUGGUGACCUCCCCAAAGAUUCCUGAGCCUCCAAGGACAAGACUAGAAGCUGUAACCUCAUUGUGCUCCAGGACAACAAGGCAGCACUUAGGAGACCAUCAGGAAAUGGUCUGCCUCAGUUUACAAAGAGGGUGGACAAAACUGGCUCCCAAAUUCUGCCAGGAAGCAGACUGUGAUGAUUCAAUAGAAGUAACAAACCAGGGGAAGAUGCAGCAGCCUGAGAAGUGGGCAAAGGUGAAGUGUGAAAAAAUGAACCUUAGCUUGGAGUGCUUGAACAGAAGCAAGGAAUGCUUGAGUAUAAGCUUAAUUAAAUGUUCAGGUCAAGAUGCUGAAGCUGUGUCUUAUACAGAAAACAUAUUGAAAAUCCUCUUAAUCCUUGUCCUUACAGCAGUUGUCCUGUUUAUUUGUGUACCUCUUAUCUGUAAAAAACUAGCAAAGAAAUAUUCCAGGAAGAAGGAACACCAGUGGAUUGGUCCAAAUGGAAUGAACCAAAAUGUUUCAUUCUAUCGCAAAAGCUCCUCAGCUUUCCAGCCACGACCUGAAAGCCAAGGAAUUCAGGAUGAAGAGAAAGGCUAUCUCCAAACCCUCAAGAAAAAUUCUUACCUCUCACCUUAUCCAGCUCUGGAAGGGGCAACCCACAGAUCUUCCAACCCCUUAGACUACUCCUCGGACAGCGACUAUGACUUAUGUUCUGCACGGCAACUAUAAAAUCUUCCCAACAGGCACAGGCAGAAUUCAAUAAAAGAAAAAAUGGAUGAGGAGAAGAGAUUUAAUAAAAUUCCAGGUUUUUCCCCUAGUCACCGUGAAUACCAAUUGCAACCUAUUUUCACGAUCUUCAACAUGAACGUUAUACAUUCUUCUUUGCCUUCACACUGAGAAGGGCAGCCCAAUCCUCAACCUGAGGCAGCCGGGGACGGCACCACUGCCACGCCACACCAUUGCCUCCAGAGGGCUUUCUGGCAGUACAGGAAGGCAGGGAAAGCAAAAAUAAGCUCCCAUUGCCAGAAAGCCCUCUACAGGGGUAAAUGGAUGUCUUACCUUUUGGGCGGCAUCACUCUGAGCCCCAGCCCGCAGUAUACCUGGCUGCAAAGUCUGGGUGGCAUUGCCCACGGAAACACCUCGGCCCACCCCACCCCCUGCUCUCUCAUUCAGUUGGGAUUUCAGCUUUCUCCUGCAACGGCCUCGACUUCCAGGUUUCGCCAUAAGGAACCUGAGGGUGUGCUGGCUGCCAUCACCUUUGCACCUUUUGUUGGCAGGGGGUGCCCCUUGCACUAGCAGAGAUGACAAAGGCAUCGAUGCAGCCCUACACCAGCUCCAUUAGUCAAUUUGGCCCCCAUAGAAUUGCACUCUUAGUAUAUCUAUCCCCCACUCACCUCAAUGAUCACCAAAAAGAAGAUUUUUUUUCAUGUCCAAGCAAACUUCAAACAGAAACAGCUCACCACCGGAAAAAUAUUUCUACCAUACAUCAAGGGAAUCACAGAUCAAAUAGGAAAAUUGAUGAAAAAGCAUUACCUACAGACCAUCUUCAAACC